AUGCCGUCAAUUUCUGGUCUACACCUCUCUAUCGUGCUUCUCGCCUACAGCGCGUCCUCAUUGCCUGCAGAUUCUUGUUGCAAUCGCUUGAAGUCGGUCUCUGGCGACAAUGUCUUCUUCCCGGGAUCCUCUCUCUACCUCGAAUCCGUGUCAUCGUACUUCUUCCUCGAGCAACGAAGCAGCCCUGCCUGCAUUGUCGCUCCGUCAACCUCAGAGGAAGUUGCAAAAACUGUCAUAACGUUGACUCAUUGCGGAGAGAUCGAAGUUGCAAUCCGAUCUGGCGGGCACUCGCCGAAUCAAUACUUCUCCAAUACCAAAGGGGGUAUCACUCUAGACCUACGGCGGCUCAACUCGAUAAAUGUAUCCGAGACUGGAAGUACUGUAUCCGUAGGAACUGGUGCGCUUUGGGGCCACGUUUACGAUGUGCUAGACCCUUUGAAUAAGACUGUUGUUGGUGCACGAGUCUACGAUGUAAGAAUAGGUGGCUUUUUAAGUGGCGGUGGGAUUUCGUUCUUCUCACCGCAGGAUGGCUUUGGCUGCGACAACGUUCUGAACAUGCAAGUCGUUCUUGCGAACGGCACCAUCGUCGACGCGAACACGACAUCGCACCCACAGCUUUUCCGCGCUCUCAAAGGCGGACAAAACAAUUUCGGCGUCGUCACUCGAUUUGACCUCGAGAUAAAGAGCAGAUCACGGUUCUGGGGAGGUGCGAUUGUCUCCCCGGGGGCGGCCGAUGCGGCACAGCUGGAUGCGUUACUGAAAAUCGAGCAGACAUUCGUGUAUUACGGAUCCCAACAGUCGUUUCUCAGCUCGAACAACUUGUUUUAUUUGACAGAUCCUCCUGAUCCUAAUGAUAUACGCGCAUUGAACCGAUUCACGGAAGUCUACGGCCUCUGGAAAAAAACAACCAAUAAGUUGGCAGCCAGAGCGCCAAACUGCACUUCUGCUCUGACAUACCAAUCCGUUCCUCCUCCACCCGGCGCGACAAAGUCGAAGAAUUCUUUUCCGUUCACGGAGGCUUCCGAAACACAUAACCUUGUUUUGAUGUUAACAUCCCUCUACUCGCCAGAGGAGAGCGACUAUGCCACCAUCCAUGAGGAAGCGCAGGUCUUCAUCAAUCUGGUAGAGAAUAUAGUGGAAAAAUCUGAAGGGGGUACGAGUUGGAAAUAUUUGUAUUAUGCUGCGAGCUGGCAAGACCCUUUGUCUGGAUACGGGCAAGAAAUGAUCACUCAAUUGAAGGCAGUGGCAUCUCUUUACGAUCCCGAAAGUUUCUUCCAAAACGUGGUAAAGGGAGGAUUCAAAGUGCAGAAAUGA